CGGCCGCUUUGCCGGAUCGCGCCCGGACCGAUUUUUUCCGCGCGGACAAGUUGGCCGCUUUGGCCGCAGCCAAUCAGAACCCGACCCGGCGGAAGCGCUGGUGAACGAAUGUAAACAUCCCGCCGAUCAGAAUGCAAAUGGCGUCCACCAUGUCGGAGUCAACUGUGUUCUCCGUGGAACUGCUGCUGGACAUCAUCAAACAGUACCCGGUCCUGUACGACAAAAGUCAUCCAAGGUACAAGGAAGCGGAUUAUAAGAAAGAGAUAUGGAAGAAGAUUUCGCAGGAUUUGGGUGUGACUGAUGGAAUUUGCCAAGCCAAAUUCAAAAACUUGAAGGAUAACUUCACAAAAACUAAAGCUAAAAUAAGAGACAAGAUGAAAAGUGGGGCCGGAGCCAAAGAUGUGCCCACAGUGAAAUGGAAGCACUUUGAGGCACUGAUCCCAAUAAUGGAAAAAGUGUACGAGGAGCCCAUCAUUUGCAGCAACAUUGCCUUUGAGCAGACAGGAGGAUCAGACAAGUCUGCCGAAAGUGGCAGCAGGAGCCAGGAAGACUCCCAACUUGAACUUUCAUUGAAUGAGAUCCAUGAGGUCGGGUGGGUGGAUUUCGAGGCAGGCAGCAGCUCUCAUGGAACUCCCAGCAGUGACACCUCUGAAACGCCACAACAGACAGAUUCGCAGGAACCGGAAGUGGAGGCUCCAUAUAGAAGGCAAGGAACUUGCUGUGGAAUGAGGUGUGUUGAAAUUGUUGGAGGUAUAUACAAUAAUUUUAAUCUUUCCGCAGUGCAUCAAGGCCACGAAAGUAUCGAAGGACUUCAAGAAGCCAGAAGACUCCUUGCGACGAUGACUCUGGGACACUGGCUGUGGCAGCUGAGUGUCUUAGCCCUUAGCCACAUAAAGGCAUCACAAGAAAAAAGGGAGCAGCAGAAAGACUUAUGA